AUGAUCGGCAUCAAAUCAGCACUAGGCUUAAUGUGCCUACUUCUGGGAGCCACAACACCAUCCACCACCCUCGCAGCACCCGUCAUCGGCUCUGAUACCACCACCAGCAUCUCCCUCGACAGCAACACUCAACUCGCAAAACGCUCCUUCAACCCGCGUCAAAAGUGGCAAAGCGACGAGCUCAACUGUGUGCAAAUCUUAAACCCCUCCCCCGGUGCGACCUACCACCCAGGAUACUUUGUCCGUCUCAACUAUGGUGCUGGACAAUGUGAUGCUACCGCUGCAGGACCUUGGACAAUUCAUUUGUAUAACAACCUUGAUAUCCAAGGCGGGAAAGUUAGUUAUGACUACCAUGAGGUCAUUGCCUCUGGGGUAAACGAGUACAAGACGCAGUACAUGUGGACGAUCCCAAACAACCAGAAUAGCAAGACUAAGAACGUCAAAAAGACGAACGAGUAUUAUGUCCGCAUCGAGACACACUCCCAGGAAGGCGUCAAACUCGUCGGAAACGCAGGACCCUUUGCCAUCUCCCCUCAGCACGACUCGGGCAACGGUGGAUUGAGAACCCUGGCUGAGGACGUUGCUCAUCCUUUGGAGGAACUCAGGCGUCGCGGGGAUGCUCCUGCUGCUUUUGCUACGGAGCCUGAAGGCAAUUUUCUUGCAGAGUUUGCACUUCGUCCUCAGAGACCCUUUCCCGUGAACGAGGUUAUUUUCACUCCUCCUACACCCUCGGUUAUAGUCGCCCCUGCCGCUGCCACUGUCACCAAGGAGUCUGUUGCACCUGGUCCUGCUAUUCCUGCUCCCGUUGCACCCGCUGCUGUAUCUGCCCCUGUUGCAUCCGUCGUUGCACCCAAGGAACCAGUUACUGUUGCUGCAGGAACAAAGACGACAGAUGCCAACGUCCCUACCGACAUUGACGUGACAACCGACUCGAAUGGUUCCAAGGUCCAGCUGAACGACCCCAAGGCUGCAGUCGCCGUCGAUACCCAGGACAAGAACCUCGUUGACAUCAAUGCCCCCGACGUGACCCUCUCAGAAUCUGGAAUCGCCGCUAUCGUCGCACCUACAAUCAAAGACCCCGUUGCAGCUGCCGUUACAACCGAUGGUAGUAGUGUCAUCGCCGAGAUUCCAGCCAUCACCGAGAUCCCCGAGCCUCUCAAUACAGCCCCCACCGAUGAGAUCCACCCUCCAGUGACCGAGAUUGCGCAUACAAGUUUCGUCCCUGGCAAACUCCUUGUUGCGGGUGCCGUUGCAGGAGGUGCGAUUGGCGCCGGUAUUUUGGGCGCCAGUUUCUUUGGACAGGUGGGCGGUAUUAUUGGAGCUGUUGUUGGAGGUGUCAUUGGUAGUGUUGCUGUGCUUUUGAACUUCAUUGGUGUCCCUGUUUAA